CAUCUCUAAUAUAUUUUCUUAGUAAACAACAACAGUUGCUUUCACCUACAAAUUUGACCCGGCAUCUGAUUAUCAAAAUGAUAAGUAAUAUAAGAUUUUCCAUUCGCCACGAUUAGACCUGAUAUUGUGAUUCUCUAACAAACAAAAAGAGCCAACACACAUAGAACAAUUAUCAGGCUAAACGGAAUGUUACCGAUAACUGAGACUUAAUAUUGUAAAGUAUUAAUUUAUAUGGAUCUAGAUACAGGAUCUUAGAGGACAACUAACAAACAAUGGCUAAGAGACAGGCCUGGGAGCACAUGCGCCAUGUUUUUCAGGGUGCCGUGAAUGCAGUGCAUCCGGAAAGGAUAUUUGCCGACUAUAACAAACACGAUUUUCGACCGAGAGAACAGGAUCAGCGUGUCUAUAUCAAGCUGGAUGGCCAGCAACAGGAUAUAACUGGCAAAACCUGUCACAUUGUGGGUUUCGGCAAGGCCGUGCUGGGCAUGGCCAACAAGGUGCAGCACGAUCUGGGCCCAUGCUCCGCCGGCGGUGUGCUGAGCGUGCCACAUAACAGCUUGCAGCAGUACAAGCAGCCUGUCUGCCAGAAACUGACCAUAUAUGAGGGUGCACCCAACAAUUUGCCUGAUGAGACGGCGCAGAACGCGGCUCUGGAGAUCAAGAAGCUGGCCGAGAGCAUGACGGCCAAGGAUGUGCUCUUGGUGUUCAUCUCAGGCGGCGGCUCAGCGCUGUUGCCGUUGCCCAGGCCACCGCUUACCCUGCUGGACAAGCGCAACAUUGCGGACAAGCUGAUGAAGCAUGGUGCCAGCAUCCAGGAGCUGAACACAGUGCGAAUAGCCUGCUCGGACAUCAAAGGUGGUCGCUUGGCGCAGGCUGCUCAGCAUGCGGGCAUGUUAAUCACUCUUGUGCUGAGCGACAUUGUGGGGGAUCCACUGGAGUUGAUUGCCUCUGGGCCCACUAUUCAGCCCAGCAGCGAAACGGGCCAGUCUGCGUCAGAUAUCUUAAAGCAGCACCAAGUGUGGGAUGAACUAUCGCCUCAGCUGCAGCAGCUCUUCGAGCAGGACACUCAACAGCAGCGGCUAGGAGCGCUUGACAGUAAAGUGUUUGUGGUGGGCAGCAAUAAGAUAGCCACCACAGCAGCUGCACAUGAAGCCGCCCAACUGGGCUACAUACCCUGCGUGCUAAGCUGCUCCAUACAGGGCGAUGUGAACAACGUUGCGGCAGAUUAUCAGCGUCUGCUGCACGGCAUCCAGGAGUACAAGCAGCGCACGAUCAAUCAACAGCAGCUGUGCGAAAGAUUUGCAUAUGGCGAGCGAAGUUUUCAGGAUUUUCUCAAGGCGCUGGAGCAGCAUAUAUCAACAAAAGCGCCGCUCUUUCUGAUCUGCGGCGGCGAGCCGGUCAUCAAGGUCACGGGUCUGGGUCUGGGCGGACGCAGUCAACACUUGGCGCUGCUCAUGUCGCAGAUGCUGCACCGAGAUGAGUUGCUGAGCGAUUGCGCAUUUCUUAGCGCUGGCACGGAUGGCAUCGACGGACCCACGAAUGCAGCGGGCGCCAUUGGCGACAGCUGUGUAAUUGAUGCCUAUCUCGCCAACCAUACUUUGGACGAGCUGGCCGAGAUGCUGCGCAAUUGUGAUAGCUACAACUUCUAUAGCCAAUUGGCAGAUGGUGGCUACCAUGUGCUCACUGGGCACACGGGCACCAAUGUCAUGGAUUUGCACUUCCUAGUUGUGCCGUAAUACUAGCUUUGUGGCGGGGCAGUCAAGAGGGCUGUAUAUGAUUUUUUUUGUUAAUGAAGUUGCUCUUGAAAGCCAAGCGGGGCAUAGUUUCAAUUUGUUUAAUAAGUGUACAGACAGUUUUUACGAUUUUCCUGUUUAAUUUUUUCUUAUAAAUUUUUACGACUCGUUUCAUUAACAUUUUUAAUAUGCAUUUAAUGACAAGUAUUCUCUAUUCUGUAUCUAUGCGAAGCUGUUUAUGCUGCGCGCGCUCGCUUCUCAAGUGACAAACAUAAAAUCGCAAUUGGCUUUUUCCUCUUCAUGAAAAUGAAAUAAAAAUUGUGUCUUGAAAUGCUUGAAAUGAGCAAUCAGCAAAUAUAUUUAAUUUUUUUGGGCUACCAGAUGGAUUGUGUUGAUUUUAUGGUUGUUCUCAUAUAUGUGUGAUAAAUCAAAUGAAUAUAUAUCUGUCUAUAUGUACAAAUAUACUUCUCUAUAUAUAUAUAUAUAUAUGAUUAUUAUAAAGCAUAAAUAUUUGCCUUUUUGUUUAGUUUCAUUUUUUUCCCUCAUAAAAAUGCGCUGCUAAUAAAUCAUCUUAAUUGUUUAAGACCCCAAAGGCAAACAGUAGCAGCAGUAGCAGCAGCAACAACAACAACAACAACAACAACAAAAGCCAGCGAUAAUUGCAAUUAAAAAUGUAAAUUUAUUUGUUUAGUUUUAUUUUUAGCAACAACAAUCAAAUACUAAAAAACAAAAAAAAAAAACAACUAAAAACUAAAACUCGACGCGCGCC